AUGCUUGAGGAGCAACCUAUUGAUAAACCUUCAAUAAUAAAUUCAGUUGAAAAUGAUGCCAUUAUUUGUGUUGAUUCCCCAUCUCCUAAUACUUCUACCAAUCAAGUCGUAAUAGAAGAUGAAGAAACCUUGAUGGAGGGUUUUGUUCCAAUUUCUCAAAGUCCAUCGACUACGCCUUUAAAUUCUCCUUCACAAAAUUUCAAUUCCAUAACUCUUCUAAAAAAAUUGGACAAACGACCUAUCGAGUCAUCUGAUUCAAUUUUAGAUAUCCCUUCCAAAAAAUCAAAGGAUUACACUGAAUCUGUUGCGAGAGGUUAUUUCUGUCUUGCCAAAUUCAGAGAAUGGAAAAAUAAUGAUGGUUCAUAUUUUCCGAUAUCAGUUAUUAAUCUAUGUAAUUACUUACGUGUCAAAAUGUUAACUAAUAAUAUAAAAAGUUUGGAUUGGAAUAUUAACGCUCUUGGUAAAUACCAAAAAAAUGUAUUAAAUAUUCAAAAUUGGAACGAUGUAAGAUUUCAUCAAGAUGUUAAGGAUUUAUUGAAUCAAAUCCGUAAAGAGAAAAUGAGUAAUGUUAAAAAAGUCAAUGAAAUAAAUGCAAAUGGUGAGGAUCUGAUUAAAAAAAUGAAAGGGAGAGAUUCGUCAGUAUUAUCUUCCAGUAGUGGAUCAUCAUCUCCUUCCCCAGCGCCUCUUCUGAGUGAUAAUCGAAAAACGAAACGUUUAACACGAUCAAAAAGUACUUAUGAUCGUAUGAAACCGUCUUCAAACGAUCAAGAAAUUAUUCAGAAUUUUGAUUCUGCAAGUGUUGCUCCAUUUCCAUUUCCGCAGAUGCAAGUUUCUGACGUUGAUUUACCAUAUGUAAUUAAAUAUAUACCCGAAUGUGACAUCAUGUUUCCAGCCCAAAAAGCUUUAAGCGAAGGAACUGGGGUUUCUCACACCAUGAUAUCUGUCACCGGUGAAUCUUCUCAAACACCAAUAUCAGAAGAAUCAAUGAUGUCUUUAUUAUCUACCCAAGAUGAUGUGGAUGUUUCUUCGACUUCAAUAGAUUUCUGGAAAGGGGUCGGUGUGUCAAACGAGAUAAUCCAAGAAGAUGAGGCUGAACCCGAAAGUUUUAAAUCUUGUUAUGAGAGGUCUCUAUCCAUUCUCAAGUCGUUAUAUGCAAAUCAUUGUAGCUUUCAUCCCGAUGGUUGUGUUUUGCUACCGGAUAACCUCCAUUUCGUUCUAAGUGACACACAUUAUCGCCGUUGGGCUUUAUUAUGCGCGUCAGGUGAUGAUGUUGUCGAAACGGAUUUGCCGGUCGCUGAAGAAUUGGAUGAAUUUUCCAAGAAACAUGCUGUCAAAGUUUAA